AUGGAAUGUUAGAACAACAGAAGGAGCGAUGUUACGACAUCCACUGUGGGGAGCCAUCUGCUUGCUCGCCGUCUCGCUGGUCCUGUGCACAGACAAGCUCUGCACGGACGCCAGGCCGUCCGCCUACGCGCUCCUGGUCGACGACGACGACGACGAGGAAGACGGCGGCGACGGCUCGUCGUCCUUCUCCUUCUCCUCCCCGCAGGCGACGCCGGACGAACUGGCAUUCGGGUUCUACGACGGGACAUGCCCCAACGCCGAGGCCGUCGUCGCGUCCACCGUGCGGGAGCUCUUCGCCGGCGACCCCAACGUCGCCGCCGCGCUCGUGCGCCUCUUCUUUCACGACUGCUUCGUCCACGGCUGCGACGCCUCGGUGCUGCUGGACCGGAUCGGCGGCGGCGGCAAGUCGGAGAAGGACGCCGCCCCGAACCGCUCGCUGCGAGGCUUCGGCGCCGUCGACAAAAUUAAGGCGAGGCUGGAGAAGCAGUGCCCGGGGACCGUCUCCUGCGCCGACAUCUUGGCACUGGCCGCGCGGGACAGCCUCGUACUCGUGGGCGGGCCGACCUACCCAGUACUCACCGGCCGCCGAGAUAGCGCCGGGAGCUUCUACGACGACGUGAACAUCCCGGCCCCGAACGCCACCUACGCCAUGACGCUCAGCGCGUUCGCCCGCCGCGGCUUCACCGAGCGCGAGACCGUCGCGCUCUUAGGAGCACACAGCAUCGGGAAGGUGCAGUGCAGAUUCUUCAGGGACAGGAUCUACAACUUCGCCGGGACCGGCGAGCCGGACGACUCCCUGGACGCGGACAUGGUCGGCGAGAUGCGGGCCGUGUGCAGCGGAGACGGCGCGGCGCCGAUGGAGAUGGGGUACUACCGGCAGGGACGGGAAGUGGGGUUCGGCGCGCACUACUACGCGAAGCUCCUCGCGGGGCGGGGCAUCCUGCGCUCGGACCAGCAGCUCACGGCGGGGAGCACCGUGCGGUGGGUGCGCGCGUACGCGUCCGGGCAUCGCGGCGAGGAGGCUUUCCGCGAGGACUUCGCGCACGCCAUGGUUAAGCUGUCCGCGCUUGCGCCGCUCACAGGGUCGGCCGGGCAGGUCCGGAUCAGCUGCUCCAAGUCCGUUGAGUAGGAGCCAUGAGGGCUUUUUGUCAGCGCUAGGGAUUCUAACUCGGUCUCAGAUUGGAUCACAUACGAAUAGUAGCAAGGUUUACGGUGGUUCA